CAUCUUAAAGUAUGCUUAUCAAGUUUUGAACCUUGUUUUAACUAUUCAAACCGUUUCUAUCCCUACAAAAAACAGAAAGAGAAGACAAGAAGAAGAGACAAUUCAAAGGGCGAUGUAAAAAAAGUUAACAAUAAAUAAACUGAUCUCACCAACCGUUUUAAGCAGAAGCCAAUGAAAGAAACAUGUCAAGAGUAACGGGGAGAACAAUAACAGAACCGGCCAAAUGAUCAAACUAAUAAUCAACACAGAAUGGUUCUAGUAGUCAUAUAAAAAAAAAUAUCACUUACCACUUGAAACAUGCUUGUGGAAGAUUGAAAGAGAGAGGCACAGGCUGAAAAGUGGGAGUAACUUUUUUUCUGAUCUCAACUUGCCAUGAAGACAGAAUCUCAACUCAAUAUCAUUUUUGUACCAUAUCUAUCUCCAGGCCAUCUGAAUCCCAUGAUAGACACAGCAAGGCUAUUUGCCAGGCAUGGUGUUAGUGUUACCAUUAUCACUACUCCUGCUAAUGCUUCCACAUUCCAAAAAGCCAUAGACACUGACAUGAAUUGUGGAUACAACAUCAGAACUCAACUGGUUCCGUUCCCCACAGCCCAACUUGGUCUCCCUGAUGGGGCUGAAAAUCUCAAAGAUGGCACUUCCCCAGAAAUGCUUGGUAAAAUUAGUUAUGGAAUGUCGAUGCUCAAAGAUCCAAUUGAGCUUCUGUUUCAUGAUCUGCAACCAGACUGUCUUGUCACUGAUCUGCUUUAUCCUUGGACAGUGGAGUCAGCUGCAAAACUAGGCAUUCCAAGGCUUUACUAUUUCAGCUCAAGCUACUUUGCAAGCUGUGCCAGACAUUUUAUCCACGAGCAUAAGCCUCAUGAGAGGUUAGUUUCUGAUACUCAAAAGUUCUCAAUCCCUGGCCUUCCACAUGAUAUUGAGAUGACCACCCUGCAGCUAGAACAAUGGGUGAGGACUAAGGAUGAAAUCACAGAUUUUAUGAAUGCAGCAUAUGAAUCAGAGAGCAGAAGCUAUGGAUCACUGUACAACAGUUUUCAUGAACUUGAACGUGAUUAUGAGCAUCUUUAUAAGAGCACAAAGGGGAUCAAGUGUUGGAGUGUAGGACCAGCUUCAUCCUGGGCUAACAAGAGUAAUGAAGAAAAGGCCAAUAGGGGACACAAGGAGGAGCUUGCACAAGAGCCACAGUGGCUAAACUGGCUUAACUCAAAGCAAAAUGAGUCUGUACUUUAUGUCAAUUUUGGAAGCCUCACCAGGCUCUCUCAUGCUCAGAUUGUUGAAAUUGCUCAUGGGCUUGAAAAUUCUGGUCAUAGUUUCAUCUGGGUUGUAAGAAAAAAGGAUGAAAAUGAGAAUGGAGACAGAUUCCUUCAAGAGUUUGAGCAAAGGAUUAAAGAAAGCAACAAGGGUUGCAUCAUAUGGAACUGGGCACCACAGUUGCAGAUAUUGGAGCACCCUGCCACAGGAGGCAUUGUGACUCACUGUGGUUGGAACUCCAUUCUUGAAAGUGUGUGUGCUGGAUUGCCAAUGGUCACAUGGCCAAUGUUUGCAGAGCAAUUUUACAAUGAGAAGCUGCUAGUUGAUGUGUUGAAGAUUGGAGUCUCAGUGGGAGCUAAGGAAAACAAGUUCUGGGCAAGUGAGGGUGUUGAUGCAGUGGUGGGAAGGGAAAAGGUUUCAAAGGCUGUGGUAGAGUUGAUGGGGAAAGAGGAGAGCAGUGAAAUGAGGAUGAGAGUAAGAAAACUAGGAGAUGCUUCCAAGAAGAGUAUAGAUGAGGGUGGAACCUCUUACAACAACUUGAUGCACUUGUUAGAUGAGCUCAAAUCUUUGAAGGCAUCUAAAGCACUUGAGAAAACAAACUUGAAAAUUUGAAAUGGAGGACUCGUCUUGCUGAAGGUUUUGAAUAAGAUAAUAU